UUAAAUCGGUUACUCUAGCGAGUAAUUUUCUUUCGGUCGGUGUUAUUUAAUCCAAUAGUUUUCGCUUUUCUUUGGUCGAGCAAUCCCGCCGUCUCCGUCGGGACAUGGAAUUUUGGAAAAUAUAUUUUUUUGCGGCUUCCGCUGUGUUCGGUUUUGAAUUCGUCGAAGUCGACUCUAUAAGUAUCGAGGGCCAAUUGAUGGUGAUAAGAAAUGAUUGCUACGAACGAAUAGCCAUUGGAGAAAAACUGGAUCCCAAAAAGGUCUACAAAAAAUUCGACUACAACACUGUCGCGUUAUGUGAAACCGAAUGCACCAAGGAAAAGGAAACGUGUAGAGCAUACAGUGUCGGGAUCGGUGCGAAAGGAAACGGCACUUGCGAACUAGGAAAAGAUCCAGUCAAAGAAACAAUCGAUCUCAAACCCAUCGGUACCAUCAAGGAUCCCGAUUACGACCUUUAUAUAAAAAAGUUGGAUUGUCAAGUGAUUAUAGAAAAACCGACAUUCCACGGGUCCCAUUCGUCGCACUCACAACAUGAUCACCAUCAGCAACAACCAGAGGAAACGUAUUUGGCGUACUCACAAUACGAACCUUCAAGCUCUCAGGUCGUUGAAGGCUUCAAACCUGAAAACGAUUUACGUCCGGACGCAGCAUCGUAUCAUCGCAAACCAAAUCUCAAACCAUCAGAGGGUUACCAUUACGACGCCCCAAAUACUAACCCCGAUGUACCGGAUGAUCAGAAAGGAGAUACACACCAUGUGCAAACCCUGGUGAGCAUUGCUUCAGGCCCAAACUCGCAGUUGCACCCCGUGCACGGCAUUCUGGUGGCUGGAAGCACUUAUUAUGGAUUGGGUGGUUCCGAAUAUACCGAAAAUAACGUACAAAAUUUUUACGGCAAUGGAUACGGUAACCAGCAAAACUAUGGGUACGGGCAAAAUGAUAGACCUUUUGGUGGACAAAAUUAUGAACAAGCCAACGGACAAUAUUACGGGCAAAGCAGCGGCGAAAAUUACGUACAUGAAGAAAAUUAUGGCCACAAAUAUAGUGAUAUGUCCAAUUUCCAAUACAAGAGACCUCAGACAAACGUUUAUGGCCGACCAAAUGGAUACGAAAUGAGGCCGCCACUGUUGACGCAGGAUUCGGGAUACGACAGUCAGGGACAUCACAGCGAAUAUUUUCAAAUCGAUCGUAGGAAAUACGAUUCUUUCAAUCAGCAUCAAUAUGGAGAGGAGUCUCACAGAUUUGGGGAGUGGCCUCCAAGAAGGUAUCGACCCGAAGUGAGCUACAAUAAUUAUUACGACAGGCCGCUGGAGCAAGCGCCUACAAGAUAUGGUUCCGUUAUUCCCCAUCCCAACGAAUACGGCUACUUGUUCGGGUACAAUAUUGAUGGGUCACCACAACCUUCAACUACCACCGAUAGAGGAGCUACAAAACCGGAAACACCCCCUCACGGGGCCAAUUCGGAGAAGAAACCGGAAGACAGUACGGGUUCGGAAGAAGCUCAGAAAGAUUCCGGGCAGAACCAACCCAUUGGUGUUCCAGAAAGUGGAGAUUAUAAGCCGAUAGUCACUCAAACUACGGGAAGCAACGGCCAGCAUAUUACGUCCAUAAUCACUGAGCUGAGAGACGAUAAAGCUUGUUUUCGAAGAACUCUAGCAGGUAAACGAGUAGUACGAGGACUGGUCAGAAAAUACAUGACAUGCGAAACAGCUGAACAAUGUCAGCGGGAAUGUGCGGAGGAAAAGCGUUUCACAUGCGAAGGAUUCAACUACAGACUAGACCCCACUGGCCGUGGAAAAGGAGAUUGCGAAAUUUUGGACCUGCCUUUAUCGCGAAUUGACGUCAUCCACGAAGUGAUCGUAGAUCCCGAUUACGAUUAUUACUCGAGGGAUAGAAACGCGGCCAUUGCGAACUGCAGGCAAAGGCCGGAUCAUAAUUAUCUCCCCUAUGGCAAUUAUGGUCAUGGUGGGAGUUACGGUGGAGGUCAUAAUGGUCCUCCAAACUAUGACUACGACGAUUAUAGACACGCCCUACCGACCAGGCCUUAUGCCCCGCCCUUAAGGAGACCAGUGCCGUACCUACCAGACGGUCCAAGACCAAACGACAGAUGGGGCGACAACUCCUACGGAGUUCACAGGCCUCAAGUCGAUCGACGUCACGAUUACGGAAGACCCGUCGAUGAUAGACGAGGAGACUAUUCAUUUCAUCACUCACACGCAUCACACAGGGACUACGAGAGUAGUCACAGCUAUCAUUACAACUAUCACAACUCAGACAGACACGAUUAUCAACAACAAAACAACAGAUACUCCGGUAUACAUUAUCUCCCAGCCUCACACCAAGUACCUACGCGUUUGUACGAACCUUAUAUCCCUCCGACAAGGUAUCCGUACGCUGGUAUUUAUCCAGAUAGGGAUAAGGAACGUUGGGGAUCGUAUCUGGGUUCUUACGGAUACUCGGAAGGCUAUGCCGAUCAUAAAUCUCGCUACGGAAAUGAAAAUAGGAGGAACCAUUACCUACCGAGGAAGCCCGAAAUUCCGUCAGAUUGGGGCUUGUACGGAGGUACCUACGGAAACGGCGGGAUUUUAGAAUAUAAAGGUUACGCUGACAAACAAAACUACGACUAUUGGGGGUUCAAUAAGUACCAAGGAUCCAGGUACGAUUCGAAAGCGCCACCUCAAAGUUAUCUGCCUCCAAAACCUGCAGUUACCCAAGUAGCUUUGCCGGGACCGGUUGUAUAUGAAUUGGACAACUUUAUUGUACCCAUAGAGUCGAAAAGGCCGGCGGGGUACGAUUUCCUCAAGGAUGAAUGUUCUCUUCGUACUGCUACCGGAUUUCGCCUGCACAAGAGAAUCGUUCGCAAAUUCUUCGUGGUACCGAACAUAUACGAGUGCGAGCUGUUGUGCUUCAAAGAAAAGCAAUUCGUUUGCUCCUCCUACGCUUUCAGAUAUACGGUGAGUUUGACAACGCCCACGGACAACUGCUUCCUGAGCGAUCGAAAUUAUAAGGAACUUGAUUUUUACGUGGACUUGGAACCCGAUAGAGAUUUCGACAUCUACACGAUGAACAACAAGGCCAGGUGUCAGGAAUCUCUUAUUUUGGGGCGUCACGAAAGCGAUUGCUUUUGGAGAGUUAGAAGCGGUCAGCGACUAGAUCACGCGGUAGUUAGAGAUUCGCUGAUCGCGAAAUCUGUCGUGGACUGUCAACUAGAGUGCUUGAAGAGUAAAAGGUUCACCUGUAGGGCAUACAGCUUCCGAUAUACCUCACCUAUUAUUGGUGGGAUCAUCGAUAAUUGUCAGCUGACCGACUGGCCGUUCGUGGAGUUAGAUUCGAGACUACAUUUCGUCGCUGAGCCGGGAUUUGAAAUUUACGAGAGAGGAAGUUUCGGCCACGGAUGUGAACCGGAUCAUUUCGGUAUUGGGGGACGUCAUAGAAAAGUCGGAGUGAAGAUCGAUCAACUGUGCUACAUCGGCUUUGGCUCUGCCGCAAGGCUACUACCACAAGCAACCAGAAAAUCAGUUUACGUGCCGACCGAGCUCGAUUGCAAACAAGAAUGUUCCAAAUCCAGAGACGGUACACUGUUUAGAUGCAUGACUUUCAGCUAUAGAACCGGAGGUCCACAUUUAGCGCCCAACUGUUACCUAUCGGACAUCGUGCAAAGAGAUUUGCUACCAAAUGUGGACUACGUCGGCGACAAAGACUCUUGGUUGUUUACCUGGGAUAAUUACAAUCCCGAAUGUACCGAGAUAAUAAGUAAAGCUUAUUACAACGGUGUAUCCGAUCGCAGGAAAAUAGACGAAACAUACGGAUUAGACUUCAUCAACGCGCUGGAUACAUGGAGGGUGUACAGUGUAAGCGGGUGGCCUUGCCGCAGGGGUAGUUUGUGUAAAGAAAAUCUGGAAGCCGGCUUUUGGUUUUGCGAAUUGGAAGGAGGCGACAAGAGCGCUUGGGACUACUGCUGCAGACCGGACCAUCAGUGUGGUGUUUCCAACGGAUACCCGUACGAAUGGUGUUACGUUGGUCCUGCAAGAUCGCAAUGGAGGAAAUGCAGCGACAGUUAUUACCCUUACGGUCACAAUGUCAUAGACCGAAACUACCUGCCAAAGCCAAACAAUCGGCCGCAAUUUAGACCCGAUAGACCUGCGGCAAGUCCAUUGACCCCGCCCAUUCAACCAACGCUCGACGAAUACGAGACGCAAUUCGACGAUCAAUUUUUAAGCCCUCCAAAACCAGGAGGGUUAGGUCUGCCUAGACGAUGGCCAGUAUCGUACCUGCACAAGGAAAUGCCGCCGAACAACACGGAAUCCGACCCGAGAACAACAAGGAAAAGUAAAGCGGAGAAGAAUUCGAAAAUAACGGCGAUCAAAAGUCUAAUCGAUGUCAUCAAGACCAACGACUUUUCGAAUGUCCAGUACCACAUAGCCAAUAAUUCCGACAAACCGGACGACGUGCUUUACGUGAAAAUUCCGUUGCCGACGAUCGGUAUCGACAAACGGCAAAAUAAAACGACGAAAAAUGGCGGCGACGAAAAAUUUUCGACGGAAAGUCAAAGCGCGGUUCGCACGCAGAAAUCUUUGGCCACGAAAAAUACCACUGCGAGUUCGAACAGUUUUAGGAGAGGCUUCGUGACGCGGACCAAUAUCACACAAGCGAGGAAAUACAACUUCGAGCCAUAUUAAUCUUUUUUUUUCUUAAUGGUAGUGUAAAAAUUGGGAACGCGGUAGGUGCGUAGCAUAUUAAAAAAAUGCUUAGUGAAAAGUUUACAUUUUUUUCAAACAAUGUCUAAAUAAAUAACGUUAUGCCAU